UGCGAUACGAGCAGCCCUUCAGUCGUCCAUCAUGGAUAUACUAUUGCCAGAUCCUUUGACUUUCGAUUUCAGGCUUGCUAGAAAUGAUUCUGAAAAUGCUGCAAAACUUGAUUCACCACUAGAAUCUGAUACUAGUACACAGCCCUCUGCGUCAAAGAAUCCUGUAAUUGCACGUGAUAUGACUCCUAUGGAAGUUCUGAUUCGGAAUAACACGAAGGAAACCGUCAAGACGAGUCUUAGUGUUGCAUGCAGAGAUGUAGCAGGACAGAAUUGUGUUGAGGGCACGAAGGCAACUGUCCUAUGGGCUGGUGUUCUAAGUGGAAUCACCAUGGAGGUUCCUCCACUCCAAGAAAGCAAACAUAGUUUUUCUUUGUACUUCCUCGUCCCGGGUGAGUACACCUUGAUUGCUGCUGCUGUAAUCGUCAAUGCAAACGACAUUGUAAGAGCCAAAGCAAAAUGUGAAUCUCCUGACGAACCUAGUUUUCGGAGAGGGCCUCCGUUUCAUGUUGUGAGUCAUUGUACCGAAUAACCUUUCUUCUUUUUC